AUGGCAAUGCUCAGUUUUGAGCGGAAAUAUCGCGUUCGCGGCGGGACGCUGAUUGGCGGGGACCUGUUCGACUUCUGGGUCGGUCCCUUCUUCGUCGGCUUCUUCGGCGUCACGACCGUGUUUUUUGCCGCUCUGGGCACGGCGCUCAUCAUUUAUGGUGCAUCGCUGGGCCCCACCUGGAACAUCUGGCUGAUUUCGAUCAACCCCCCGCCCAUCGAGUACGGGCUCGGGCUCGCACCGCUGUCAGAAGGCGGCCUGUGGCAGAUCAUCACGAUCUGCGCGGUCGGCGCCUUCGUCUCGUGGGCGCUGCGCGAGGUGGAAAUCUGUCGCAAGCUCGGCAUCGGCUAUCAUGUGCCGUUCGCGUUCGGCGUGGCGAUCUUCGCCUAUGUGACGCUGGUCGUCUUCCGGCCGCUCCUGCUCGGCGCCUGGGGGCACGGCUUCCCCUAUGGCAUCAUGAGCCACCUGCAAUGGGUGUGGGACACCGGCUAUCAGUACGGCAAUUUCCACUACAACCCCGCGCACAUGAUCGCGAUCACAUUCUUCUUCACGACCUGUUUCGCGCUGGCGCUGCAUGGCGGCCUGAUCCUUUCAGCCGCCAACCCGUCCAACCACAAUUCGCUGAAGAAGGAGCCCGCCGAGGUCAAGACGCCCGAGCACGAAGACACCUAUUUCCGCGACACGAUCGGCUAUUCGAUCGGUACGUUGGGCAUCCACCGGCUGGGCCUCAUACUGGCGCUCAAUGCCGGGUUCUGGAGCGCGGUCUGCAUCUUCAUUUCCGCCGGGCCGAUCUAUGGCGGCUCGUGGAUCGAAUGGUGGGAGCCGCUGCGCAAUCUCUCGCUGAGAUGGGCGGAAGGAUGA